AACAUUCCAACAGUCACUCCGCUCCAAGGUCCUGUGGGGAGUGGACGAGCGGUCAGCCCUUGCGUUGAACUCCUUUGUGUCCCGUUCCUCUGCGUUUUCAAGUUUUCGCUUUCGUUCCGACUUUUAUCUUUGGUUCGAAGAUGAGCUCGACGGCGGCAACGUUGGCGGUCCUUGCUCUCUUGGCCGCGGCGAAUGUAGAUGCCCUGACAUGCCCUCCCUGUAACAACGUCCGGUGUGCCAGUCCUGAGACUUAUGACUGUCCGGACCGAGAGGUGGUGCCCAAGACAUGCGGCUGCUGCUUUGAGUGCUCUAAGCUCGAAGGGGAGCCCUGCGGAGGGAGCUUCAGCAUCCUGGGCACCUGUUCCUCCCACCUGGUAUGCCAUCCCCCAGGGUACAGAGGUGGAACCUGCAUGACCGCUGAACAAGCCGAGUGGCACAGGACUUCCAGUACUACGCCCGCUUCUAACCACGGAGGCUCAACCACCACAACCACCACGCCCCUUCCGUACUGGUUGGGAUGAGGUGGACGGAGAGGAAGUUGCACGGGGUGGGCGGAGGGAAGAGGAAGUGCAUGGGGGUGGGCGGA